AGAGGGCACUAAUUUAAUUUGAAAGUUGUGUAUGCCCUCUUUUUUCUUUUCCGGAAAACAACUUUCCAGUCGAAACAUUUUCCUCCACAUAAUACACAUCAGGAUGUGUGAGGUGAAGGUGUGCGAGGGAAGCGUCCACGUGGAAGGCUGCGAAUCGCCGCUCUUCUACAGACAAAGUCGACCUUCCUCGGGGGAAACCAAGAUGUACGUCUUACUUCUUCACGGCAUCCGCUUCUCCUCGCAGAACUGGCAGGACAUCGGCACUAUGCACACUUUGGCCAAAUCUGGCUGCUGCGCGGUGGCCUUGGACCUCCCGGGAUUCGGACACUCCAAGUCAGCAAAGGCUCCGGCAGAAGUGGGAGAGUUGGCUCCGGCGUCCUUCCUGGUGGACGUUUGUAAACGCCUUGGACUGAGCCCGGUGGUGGUCAUCAGCCCCUCGCUCAGCGGCAUGUACUCCCUUCCCUUCCUCAUUCAACACCAGAACCUUUUACGGGCCUACGUCCCUGUGGCACCAAUCUGCACCCACAAGAUCACCCCUGAACAGUACCGCAGUGUCAAGGUUCCAUCGCUGAUUGUUUAUGGUGACCAGGAUUCUCAGCUGGGCGAGGUGUCGCUUAGCAACCUGAGCCAUCUGCCCAAUCACAGUGUGGCUAUGAUGAAAGGGGCGGGGCAUCCCUGCUACCUAGAGGACCCUGACACGUGGCACAAACUUCUGACAGACUUCCUCGCUAAACUAUGAGCUUCAUCUGUACAAAGAAUGGAGCAACAUUUGGACCAGCUGUCCAAAACAAGAAGGAGCUAAAAUCAUCAUCCUCACAUACUCGCUCAGUCGCUCGCUAACGAGAAAUAAAAAAAUGUAAUCAACACCAUUUUGACGUGACACCUGAAAACUUAUCAACAGUGCUGUUUUCCUACAUUAAUGUUCAUGAUAUUUACUUCGCUUUUUCUUUUCUCUAAAUGUUUUUUUUUUUUUUUUGUUAACACACUUGUCACACAUGGUCACGUUGCACCACACUACACAAUCACAUACACACUUCUUGUACGCCCCUCCCACUCCUCCUACUUCUUUUUACACGUUUUAGUCAUUAUUUUGGCAAACUUAACCUGUCACUCACAAGAAAAGGUUGCCUUCGCUAUGGCGGGGGUGUGCGCGUGUGUGCACGUGCAGACAAGGACACAGUAUGACGCUAGGUGGCUACGUGUUAGCGUAAGCAGCAAAGAUUGUUGAUAGUCGUGAUGGAAAGUAGUGUGGAAAAAAAAACUCAACGGCCGCAUUUGACGGAUCUUUUAAGAGGGGCCAGACUGGGAUGUUAAAUAAGCAAACAUGAGCGUCCAUAUUUGUCUGACUUUUAAGUAGAAAUACUUUAUGACUGCUGGAGAAAAUAUCCAAUAACAUUUUAGGAUACAUUUGUAUAAUACAAAUAUGUAUAUUAAUCAGUCCUCCACGAUUUUGCUGGCAUUUCUUUGCAAUUGUUCCGGCCUAAAACGCCUGACUUUGCUUUGCGGCAGCUUUUUUAGAAAGUUGUGGCAAAAGUUCCAAUAUUUUGAGGAUUUCUUUUCCCUGUAACAUUGAAUCAACUUGCGAUUUGAUACAUUUAUUACAAACCCCUUAAGUGUUCCUUGUAACCCAUCCAUUUUCUACCGCUUGUCCCUCUCGGGGUCGUGGGUGGUGCUGGAGCCUUCUCCUUGUCAACCUUAAUCUCAAAAAGCAUGUGACUUUAAUAAAAAUUGUAGAACAAAUAUUAUAUUGAUGUUUUACUCGUUUUGUAGCACACAGACUUAAAAGUAGACACGAAAUGGCAGUAAAAGCACAUACUCAGAGAUCAGUGUCAAAUAACUGUACUGUUUUAAUUCAUUAUAACUAAUAUGAAUAUUUAAUUAUGA